CUAGACCAAGCACUCGCAAAGUUCCGCUCCUCGCCCAUGGCCUCCUCCGUCUCCUACACCCUCCACUUCGACCCCUACCAGCUCAACCCAGACUUCCCGCCCGACGCAGACCGCCUGCAGUGGUAUCUCGACAAUAAGCACUUCGGCGACGUCACCACCCAGCAGGUCUUUCAGGAGCACAUGACCAGAGUCGCCCAGCCCCUCGGCAUCGCCCUGCGCUUCGACGGCCGCAUGGGGAAUUCUCUUGACGCACAUCGCGUGGUGCAGUAUUUUCAGGAUUCUAGGGGUCCUGAAACGACGAGUAGGCUGAUUGAUGCGCUGUAUGAGCGGUAUUUUGAGAAGGGGGAGCAUCCUUCUGCGGAUGAGGUGUUGAUAGAGGCUUGUGUAGAAGCGGGGAUUAGCGAGGAGGAGGCGAGGAAGGUUGUGAGUGAUAAGGAGAUUGGAUUGGCUGAGGUCAAGUCGAGGCUGAGGGAGGUGAGUCGGGAUGUCGAUGCGGUGCCCGUGGUGGUGGUUGAGGGGAAGAGGAGAGAUAUUACACUGACGGGGGCGAAAGAGGUCGAGGACUAUGUGAAGACAUUGGAGAAGAUUGCUAGCGAGAGUACCUGA